CUAAGUCAACCAAUCCCUAAAUCUUCCUUUCUUUUAAUGGCACCAACAAUGGCCGUGCAAAACCAGCGGACGACGACGGCGACGGACAUGAAGGAGGAGGUGUUAAGGAGGAGGAACGAAGAGCUAGAGAGAGAAUUGAAGAGAAGCCUGGAAAGAGAGGAGAAGAUGAAAACGGAAUUGAAGAAGACGUGGGAGAGGUUGCGCGUGGCGGAGGAAGCGGAGGAGCGUCUCUGCUCACAGCUGGGAGAGCUUGAAGCGGAGGCCAUGGAUCAGGCGGUCGCGUAUAGAGAGCGUCUUGUGAGCUUGAUGGAACAGCUAGCGGCCGCGCAGAAGCUCAUCCAAUCGGCUUCUGUAGGGUGUUGAUGAUCUGUAAAUUUUGGAUUUGUAGAGUUGAGAGAGAUGAAUUGAAUAUAGAAAUGAUUGUAAAAGGUAUGCACAUUGAUUGAUGAUGAUGGUUGAAUCAACAGAUACUGCGUCUGUAUAAUGUGCGAUUGAUUUGGGUAGUUUGUUUGUUUGUUUGUUUGUUGUAGGUUUAUGGAUGGUUAACGGUUUGGAAUAAGAACUCUGGUAUUGGUGUAUACCUGAUUGAUGUAAUUUGAGUUUAUAGGACGUUCCCGAUC